AUGGGGCUGGGAAACCUGCCACGAGAAAUAUUGAGCCUCAUCAUAGGUCUGCUCAUCGACAGAAAGGGCCCUUUCUUAGAUGAGUGCGACAAUCUACAGCAUAUCUGUAACGCUCGCCUGGUGUGCCGGUUAUGGAACACGCUGGCUACAGCGCAUGUGUUCCACACCGUGACGCUGGCGUAUACCGACGGGGAAUACCAAUCCUGGAAUGACAUGCUUGCCAGCGAUGUCGUUAGACAGGCGGUCCGUUGUGUUUAUAUCCGCUCUGCCCCGGCCGAUGAUCACCCACUCGGCAUCUGGCACACGUAUACAGACUGCGGUUACGACGGCCUCAUCAGCGCGAUAGGCCGCAUCGCCGAACUUGACCGCAUCCAGGCGCUACAUCUACGGUUUUCUAGACACUGUGGUGGGGUUGAGACCGAUGAUCAUCGUGACGAGGUCGUCGAAGAUAUCUCGACGCGCCAGGAGAUCCUCGAAUCCGUCUUUAAGGCGAUCCACAAGCGUUCAAAUAACAAAACCGGCGCGCAUCCCAUCCGCUCCCUCACAGUUGAGAACCUCCAAAAUGCUCCGUUACCAGACUUUACCUCCUCUGAGCUCUUCAGGGGCGUCACAAAGGACAUCGACACUCUGCAUCUCAUGGUGGCUGAGGAGUAUGAUGAAGCCGGACCCGACUGGGACACGUAUCGUAUUGAGCGGCAGGUGUUUGAACCGUACCUACAUCGCCAGUGGCUGGCUCCUCUGGCCGACCAUCUGGUCUGCCUGACACUCUCCUUUCAGGUUGGUUGGGGAACCAUACCUGGGUAUUUUGACGGCAGCGGCCUCCACUUUCCAAGGCUGAAGACGCUGAACCUGGGCAACUUUGUCAUCGGGCACCAUGCUCAGUUCGACUGGGUCUUGAACCAGUCCUCGCUGGUGUGCCUUCGCCUAGACAGGUGUUCUAUCGUGUCACACAUAACCACGCACCAAACCAAUCUUGAGGAAUGGCAUGUUCAGACUCAUGACUGGCACGAGUAUCCUAUUGGCUCCUUUGGUAUUGACGGCCCCUAUGUUAUCUACGGAUUCUCCGGGACGUGGGAGGCCAUAUUUGACAAUAUUUGUACCCGUCUUCCUAACCUCAAGGACUUCUGUUUUCACUACGGCCAGGAUCCGCUCUUCCCGGUCUGCCCCGAGAUAUUAUCGGACCGUCUAACAAAGCAGAGAUAUACUGCAUUCGAUGACUUCUGGCAUGAAGCGGAUGAAGAAUCUGGAUUGCUGGAUUUUGGCGAUAGCGAAUGGGGCCAUCCUGAUAGACGGUAUGUGAAUCGAUCGAAAGAGACAGAGAUGGGAGAUGGCCGAGCACUGGACGCUCUGCUCCAGAAAAUACGAGAGCGGCAGCAACGGUAG